AUGAUUUAUUCUUCAUCGUUUCGUGCACUGCUUUUGUGCAUCAACUUGGCCGCUGCUGCGGCGUUCACUGUCGUUGCACCAGUGCCUCCAAAAGCAGCCGUGGGAGAGACUGCACUUGCUGCCAGUCGAUUGGAAUCCCACAGCGAGAAUGGUCGAAGAAAUCUUUUGGUUCAGGCUUUGACAGCAGCAGCCACCGUGAGUGUGGGCUUGCCUCUGGGAGCCAUGGCGGAAAGCGUCCCACUGCUGACAACCGACGAAUUUCUUAUCAUUGUCCGUGAUUCCGCUCGAUCUAUUCAACGAGUCGAAUUUUCAGGCCCCAAGGGAGAAACCGUCAUCGUGAGGCUGAUUGAUGGGACCGCGUUUGGUCUCAGUGAUGUCGUUGAAAGUUCCACGGAUCCAAGAUCGCCAUUAAAGGUGCAGGCUGCUUGUCGGGAGGCCAAGAUCCCCUUCAAAAACUUGCAAAUUGAAGCCAUCUUGGCAUCGGCGCCGAAAAAGACAAAAAUGUACACCAAUCAACGAGUGCAAGAUGCAGCUGCAAAAGAAAAGGAGAGGCUGGAACGUCUUGCACGGGACGAAGAAGAGCGGCUGGCUGCCUUGUAUAAACUGGAACAAGAAGAAGCUAAACGUUAA